AUAUCAAAAAUUAUAAAUGUGCUAGUGUAUGAGGGUUAUUAUGGGAUAUCCCCAAGUAACUACAAUUAAACAUUGUCGUAUACCCUUGCUCAGAAGAGUGCAUCAUCACACCUAAGAUACAAGCUUUAUUAAAAAUAACCCAGCACCACCGACAAACAUAAUAAUGGCUGACGAAUAUAGCUUCAGUCCAGUAGUCGAGGACAGCUUUCCAGGAGGGCUGGGAGGUAAUCAUGCUAUACGCUCCUGGAUUUUCGGUGGCCUACAAUAUCGCCCUGUUUCCGGAACACCGUUGGGACGAGUGGUAUCCCAACAUUCGACCAUGUGGAACAUGAACGCGUCACAACUGGCUCCCGGCCUCAUGCACAGACAAGGGGGAAGUCAGGGAUGGGGCCAGGGCUUCUAUCACGGCGUCAACCCGCUAAUUGGCGGCCGGGCGAUCCCCAAUAGAAGCACAUCUAUCCUGCCGGGAUGGGCUCAAGGACAGGUCUAUCGAGGAGUCUUUAACCAGCCGCCACCCGAGCAGCAAUUUGAACAGCACUUUGACCAAGCUGAACCGAGUUCCAUCUCCCCGGAGACCCUUGACCCUCCCGAAGAUGAGGAGCAGCCGUUGGAACACAACUUCGACUAUCCGACGGGCUCGACCGUGACGAUCAGCAAGCGCUCGGACUGGGACGAUGAUUUCGAUCGGAGGUUCGACAAGGACGAUACCUUCGUGCGGAUGACGCGGGAGUCGCUGUUCCGCGACAUCCGCGCGUACCUGGAGCAGCCGUACGAGGAGGGCGACCUGCCGGUGUCGAUCCGCGCCGACUGCCCCACGUGCUCUUAUCAGCUCGCUUACUACCCGCCGCAGAAGAGCGCGGCCCGCUUCCGGGGCAACAUCACGAGCAACGAGCGCAUGGAGGUGCUGCCGUGCGGGCACAUCGUGGGGCAGGACUGCAUGUUCGAGUACCGCGCGCAGUGCCUCACCGACGGCAAGAGGAUCGAGUGCCCCAUCUGCCAGCUGCCCCUCGUGUACCGCGCGCGCUCCUGCGGGCACCCCGUCUCGGUGUACGUCGUCGACCGCUUCACGCACUUCCCGCCGCUGACGAUCCCCGAGGGCGGCCGCAUCCCGUCUCGGUGCGCGAUGUGCCGCGCCGACGGGCUCGACCCCAGGCUCGACUGGGCUUGGGCCGAGGAGCUGCCGCCGCCGUUCCCCCUGAACACCCGCACACAUGUCCCCCCGCGGCCGGUGAAUGCUUACAACGAAGUCUUUUUCGACGAUUAAGCAAUCGGACCGAAGGGGGGUGCGGGUUUACUACCCAGCAGCACUACCUAGUAAGUAGUAGUAAAGUGGGAGAAAGAAAGGGGGAGACUAAAGUGAGAAUGUUUCAUUACGAGGAUUUAAUUACUUUUGCGCGAAUAACUAUUUCGAUGUCUUGAGUGAAUUAUUUGCUGCUUAAUUCAUAUUUCGCUUUUCUUUGUGCGCUGGGAUGAAUGACGAUGUUUGAUUUUAUCGAAAA